AUGAGGGUGAAUUUUCACAGAAAGCUUGUCUUCCCGGGUAUCGUUCAGACAACGCGGAGGCCUGACAUCGUUAUGUCAUCGCAGCAUUCCAAACUCGUUAUCGUAAUAGAGCUAACAGUUCCAUGGGAAGAAGGUUGCGAGGAGGCCCAUGAAAGAAAGAAAACAAAAUUUGAUGAGUUGAUGGCGAAGUGCAGACAGAGGGGACGGACUGUAUGGCUAUUUCCUGUGGAGGUGGGCUGCAGAGGGUUUCGGGCCCAAUCCUUAUGGAGGAUGCUGCAGACACUAGGGAUCACAGGAAGAACUCGAAGUGCAGUCAUCAGACGUUUGGCAGAAGCUGCAGAGAAAGCAUGUGCUGGCUAUGACACCGACGAAAUAAGCCGAUAUGGAAGUCAACGUGGACAAUCAGUGGUUUGGCCACCACUGCUGGCCCACCAGCCGGAGGAUGUUGUGGUUUAG